UGUUUGGCAAAUACGAGAUGCUAUGGCGAAUGUCACAUUAUGUUGAUGCGGCUUGACCACGACCGCGUAGAUCUACUGCAGACUACACGCGCUGGCGACAAACUCAGCUGAAGAACGCGGCAUCCGGUCCAGCGCGGAUGACUACAAGCGGCGAAGAUCUGCUGCUAUGUUCACACAGAUGGGAUGCGCCUGUCAAGAAGCACCAGAUGGUGUCUCUCCUCACAAAGGAUUCCCCUGUGCUCCACGGAUAGAGGAAAGAGUUCAAUGAGCACACGAUGCUCAAACAGACUCCAAACAAAAUGUCUGGACGGUCCCGCAUGGGGCAUACUAUUGAACGUGUGGCUUUGGCACCGAGUCACAGCCGCAGAAGCCUUCUAGGAGGUAGGACCGGACACCCUAAUAAUAACAAUAUCAUUACGCUCGUCGGAGGUAGGCGGCGCAUAUCUACAAAACCUGGCAACAACCCCAGUGAGGCUCUUGGUAUUGCUUUGCGUAAAGUAUCUGUAGAUCGUCUCUCAUUUUUCCCAUUCGUUUUUCCCGCCAUCCCAUCUGUAACUCACAUGAUGGCAAAAUACAGUCUUCCCUUCCUCAGCAUCCUGCUCUUCGUCACGAGCUUAUGCUCCGCUAUCAAGCUUCCCGCCGAUGCCGAUGCGCUCGCCAAACGCACAUCGAAACUCCCCGACUAUGCGAAGAGAAACCUGAACACCAUUCGCAAAAUCUACAACUUGACCGUCUAUCCAAACAAUGUCCCCAUUGUGAACAAAGGUGCCUCGGCGGUUCCCCCUGGACUCUUCAACGUCAAUGCCACAGGACGUGUCUCUCCCGUGGGCAACUUCACCGGCUUUGACGAUUCCAUCGAGUACUUCUUCUCACUCGCUCCCACCCCUCAAUCCGAAGCGGGUCUCGGGUUCUACGAGGCGGAUGUGCUAGAGUUUACCUCUGGCUGUCCCGAAGUGGCUGCAUCGUUGGUGUAUCUGCGCACAGGACAUGUCUCCGACAAUGGUACUUUGGACAAGACCAAGCCCACGACAACGUUGUCUCAGAUCGCCUUCUGGCGCUUCGACAAAGAGGGCAAAGUCCUCAAAUACCACGCCUGGAUCCCCAACCUGCAAGCCUGGACCAAAGCCGCCACAGGAGUCGACCUCAGCAACGCAGUAAUCGGCAAACUCUACACCGCCUCUCUCUGCCCCACCAUCCAAAAGCGCUGCACAGGAGCCAACAAGCAAUUCUCCAGCGAAGCCGACUGCGCGCUACAACUCGAGAAGAAGCCGUUUGGAUCCUUUGACGAAGCCUGGGGAGAUAAUAUCGUGUGUCGAACAAUUCAUUUGAUUUUGACCAAAGUCCGCCCGCAAGUGCAUUGUCCUCAUGUGGGACCUCAUGGAGGCAGUCCACCGGAUAAUUACAAGUGUGUGGAUAUUGAUUAUAGCAAAGAGUAUUUCGAUGAUGGACUCUUGUUUGAUGCGCCCGAGGGCGAUGUGUUUACGUGUGGAGGACCGUUGUUGUCGAAUGAGGCUCAGGAGGCUGCGGAGGAUCCGACUAAGAUGGGGAGGAUGUAAGAGGAUGUAGAAUUGUACAGAAAGGUGAAUGGGAAUCAAGGUCGUUUGAUACAAAUAUAUGUGUAGACAGACAGACAGAGGAAAGAAGAGAC